GUCUGGCCGGCCUGCAGGGAGCGUAGAUCCUCAAGUUUGGCUUUUGCAGUUCGAAAGUGAACACAUCAGGGUUUCAGAGCGCCCCCCUCCCUCCCUUGCCAGCACUGGCCAUGAUAGUGUUUGUCAGGUUCAACUCCAGCCAUGGUUUCCCAAUGGAGGUUGAUUCAGAUACCAGCAUCUUCCAGCUCAAGGAGGCGGUUGCUAAGCGACAGGGAGUUCCAGCUGACCAGUUACGUGUGAUUUUUGCAGGCAAGGAGCUCAGGAAUGACUUGACACUGAAGAACUGUGAUCUACCCCAGCAAAGUAUUGUUCAUAUUAUUCAGAAUCAGCGGAAGAGUGAGAAUGAAAACCCCAGGAUCCUCAUCUCAAGCGAUGGAAGGGAACCCACAAGUCUCACUCGUGUGGAUCUUAGUACCAACCUUUUACCUUCUGACUCAUUGGGACUAGCAGUGAUUUUGGACAACAGAGUUCCUAUUCCAUCAGAAGCUGCUAAGGACAGCAGUUUUUAUGUUUUCUGCAAAAGUUUCUGCCAAGCUGUGAAACCUGGGAAACUCCGGGUUCGUUGCAAAACAUGCAAACAAGGGACACUGACUUUGGCACGGGAUCCAUCUUGCUGGGAAGAUGUUUUGAUUCCAAACAGCAUCAGUGGGAUUUGUCAUUACCAAAACUGCAGUGGAGAAAUAGCGGAAUUCUACUUUAAAUGUGGAGCACACCCAACCUCUGACAGUGAGACAUCUGUGCCGCUGAACCUCAUUACAACAAAUACUCGGUACAUCUCAUGUAUAACCUGUACAGAUGUUAGGAGUCCUGUGUUAGUGUUCCCAUGUAUUCAUCACCAUGUCAUUUGCCUGGAUUGUUUUCACCUCUACUGUGUGACUAUGUUGAACAAUCGCCAGUUUGUCCACGAUCCUAUCUUUGGGUAUUCGUUGCCAUGUGUGGCGGGCUGUCCAGAUUCCUUGAUUAAAGAGCUGCAUCAUUUCAGAAUUCUUGGAGACGAGCAGUACAAUCGUUAUCAAGGCUAUGGUGCAGAAGAAUACGUUCUGCAGAUGGGCGGUGUUUUGUGUCCCACUCCAGGAUGCGGAGCUGGCCUGCUUCCUGAAUCAGAAAUGAGGAAAAUAGUGUGUGAAGCAAGAAACGGACUGGGUUGUGGGUUUGUGUUCUGCCGUGAAUGUAAAGAAGAAUACCAUGAAGGGGAAUGCCAUAGCUUUUUCAAAAGUCCAGGAGCCACCGCUCAAAUGGGAUUUGAAAUUGAUAAGCAUGCAGCCAUGAAAGCUCGUUGGGAAGAUGCAUCCAAAGAAACAAUAAAAAGAACAACCAAGCCAUGCCCUAAAUGCCAUGUUCCAGUAGAAAAGGACGGUGGAUGUAUGCAUAUGAAAUGUCCUCAAUCUCAGUGUAAAUUUGAAUGGUGUUGGAAAUGUAGCCUAGAAUGGAACAGAACGUGCAUGGGAGAUCACUGGUUUGACUGAUCCUUAAGUAAUCCUAGAAACAACAAAUUGCUGCAAAGUCACAGUGACCUUCACAGUUUCUUCACACAAUAUCAGAUUCCAAAGAUCUUGUUCCAGCUUUGAAUUUCUUACAACUAUUAAUUGUGGGAUUAAUUAGGACAUUUGGCAUUUGUGUAUGCAUUUUUCAGCACCACACAUCACUAUGUAUACUCAGAAUUAAAUAAUAACAGCCAGAAGGACCAGACUAUCAUUUGUUAGAUAUAUUCUGCUUACAUCAGGACAACUCUGUAAUGGUGCCUCCUCCCUUGAAAACUAUGUCAUGUCAUGUCAUGAGAAACAGCUAGUUUCUGUUUUUAAUUGAUUUCAUCUUUGAUUUGUUAUCUAUUAUUGGCAAAAUAAAGAACUAUACAAACAGGGCCUCUCAAAUAGUUCAAACUAUCAUGGUUUAUAUUUAUCAGCAAUUCAGUUUGUGACUUUGUGUUUGAAGAUUUAGAAAUGUUAAUUUUUAAAUUACAUAGGUAUAAUCACAAGUGCAUUUUCAGAUAUAUUACACAACUUGCCUUCCAAAACCAAAACUUUUAUAGUACAAUUUUUUAUAGUGACACGAUUUUUACUGGAUUGAUUUCCAGGCCUAAGUCACAAAUAAAAAUAUAGAUGUUUGUUUUCUUCUUUUGACCCCCUUGGUAUGUACAUUCCUAGUAGAGCUAAAGGAGAUUGGCUACAAUAUAUACAUUGGAGACUUGGGCGAAGUUUUUCUAAGUCAACAUUAAUUUGAGUUCUAUGAUCUUAUUGUCUGACAUGAUAGAAAUAUUUACAGUUCUACUAGAAUUACCCCAAAUGGUUAUAAAGCAGAUUGAUUUUGAUUUAUUUGGGGGGCAGGGUGGAUUUGAUUUUUAGCAUUAUAUUUUUAGAAGUUUUUGGUUGAAGCUUUGCCAGUAUUUUAAAAAAAGAUCUUGCUAUAUGUUUCAUCCUCAAUAAAAGUUCUGGUGUUUCAUGUUUUUGAUGGUAUAUGAUUACUUCAGAUUUAUUAUGGUAAAGACAGUGUGAAAGUACUUGAAAGCAAAUAUACACUGAGUGGGUAUCUUACACAUUACUAAAUCAGAGUUGACACAUUGUUUUGCAACUGUAUCUGCCAAUCUUAUACUUCAAAA